CGGGAGUAGCUGAUUUGUUGAAGUCUCCAGGUAACGAGCUUGUAAGUGUUGGCGCCAGAAUACAUGGACAUAGGGUUUCUCUGAUUCUCCGACUCUGAUUCACCAUUGCUUCCUUUGCGAUGGUGAGGAGUUCUAUGGUUUUCUCUUGCUUUCGGCGAUGGAGUGGAAGAUUUAGUAACAGAUAUCUUCUUUCUGAAAAGCAAGGCACACUAUGGGGAAGAUGCGAUUUUUCUACAAGUUUUUCCGUUAACCACAGUACCCAUAACAAUAGGUUUUUGACCCAAAGAAUGGAGGUAGGUUGGAUUACUCAAUUAGGAAUGAUUAAACUGCCAUUUGGGAUUCCUAGCUACAGUACAACAGUACAAGGUCAAAUACCCAAUGAUUGCAGCCGUGGAGCAAUAAUUUCAUCAGAGGUACAGCUUGGCAAUCAAACCAAGCAUGAAGAUUUAAGUGAUGAUAAUUUACACAUACACAAGUUUCAAAUUGGUGAGAAUGUCUCAAAGAAGGAUAAGAUUAAGUUCCUUGUUAACACACUUUCUGACCUCAAGGAUUCUAAAGAAGCAAUUUAUGGUGCUCUUGAUGCAUGGGUUGCAUGGGAGCGAAACUUUCCUAUUGCAUCACUUAAACAAGUACUAUUGGCUCUUGAAAAGGAGCAACAGUGGCAUAGAGUCAUUCAGGUUAUAAAAUGGAUGUUAAGCAAAGGCCAAGGGAACACAUUGGGAACAUAUAGACAGUUGAUACGUGCUCUAGAUAUGGACCACAGGGCAGAAGAAGCACACAACUUUUGGAUGAAGAAAAUUGGUACUGAUCUACAUUCAGUACCAUGGCAAUUAUGCAGUCUGAUGAUAUCUAUAUAUUAUCGGAAUAACAUGCUGGAUAGGCUUGUAAAGCUUUUCAAGGGUCUUGAAGCAUUUGAUCGGAAACCACCGGAAAAAGCAAUAGUGCAGAAAGUGGCAGAUGCUUAUGAGAUUUUAGGUCGACCAGAAGAGAAAGAGAGAAUAUUGGACAAGUACAACCAUCUUUUUACUGAGACAUGGAAGGGAAAGCCCAAGCGAUCUCAGAAGGCCUCACAGAAAAAGACAAGGAAAUCGGGUGAGAGAAAGAAUACAGAUACUUCAGACAAUUUAAAGCCUGCUGUGGAUGACCUACAAGCAAGUUGAUAAUAAUGAGACCAACAUGCAUUGCAGGCAGAGUGCUUUGGGAAGCAAUCCUGGUCUAUGUAGCCUCAGUUGUCACAAAUGAGAACUCUUUCCUUCCCAAUUUUCAUUGGUGAUGCAUGCAUGCCAUAUCAUGUUUGAAAAGGUUCAGGAGAAGAUUGAAGGGUUAUUGCUUUCAAAAGGAUUGAAUCUUUUUGCUUUAUGUCCUUGUCAGAUUCUGUUGUUACCCGGCUUACAAGCAGAUAGUGGGUGGGGCAGGGAAAGGAUCUUGGAAUUUGUAAUUGUUGCUUAUUCUGUUUGUCAUUCAUUCAGCAUCUCAUAGAAGUAAACAAUUGAAGAGAGUGACCGUGCACCUGCAGACAUGGGAGAACACUUGAGCUUGCAUUUCUUAUUGAGUUUGACGGAUUGGAAGCAAUAAGCGAGAUGAUGCACGCGAGGAGAUGCUUGGUCGUGAUUUUGGGGGAAGGAAUUGCCUUAAACAUUGUGAAGAAGGUAUACAAGGGUACUGGGAGCACUGGCUGUAUUUGGAUCUCUGGAAUGAAUUUCGAAGCAUGCCUUUCAAUUCUUCAAAAUUCAAAUGACUAGUCUCCCCUACACAUUUUCAAUUCAUUUCCAGUUCUGUAAAAACGUAGAAUUAAAAUGCUUUAAAUGUUACAGGAUCUAGGGGUGCAACUUGGGCGGGCCCAAUCUGCAAUUUUGCACGGGCUGGGCUUGAAUUUUCAGUCCUUGGGCCCAAGAGUUUGGGCUUUUUUAUUUUUCAAACUGGGUUCAGGCUUAGCCCUUAACCUGAGCCUGGUUCAACCUUAUUCCAGUUCAAGUCUAACCUGACUAUGUACAUGCAUUAAUGCAUAUAUACAUAUGUAUGCAUACUUUUGGUAAA